AUGUUGAGAAGGAAAGGAAAGAAGAGAUUUGGAACUGUGAGAGAGAGAGGAAGAAGAAGAAGGUUCCUCGAAAGCCGGAAGGGAGUGAUGAUCGUGUUUGUAGACAACGAUGGGCAAAGAGAGACAGUUGGUGUUGAGGAUGGAAGGGAGAGAGUCUUGUCUGUCACGGGACCCACUCACUCUCUUGUUCUUCGUUUGGCUAUAACAUAUGCUGAAGCUUCAAAUAAUGUAGCAAAAAUGGGAGCUAUUGAGUAUAAAAGUAAAGGUGACCAUCAGUACAAUCAUAUUGAUAUACAGAAAAUUCUUGCUGAUAAUCAACAAUAUAUUGAGAAGAACACAGAAAUGGAGAAAAUAAUAACAAAACUAGAAGAAGAGGUCCUGCAAUUGAAAGAGUUGAAGGAGAAAGAAGUUACUGAUGAAAAAGAGGAUGACAUACUUUUAAGACGAUGA